UAUCAAUUUAUAAAUUAAUACAACCACAAAAUAUUCUAUCAAGACUUUUCUCUUAAGUCUUUCCUCUUCAAAUUAAACUACUAGACAAUGUUUGGCUCUUCAACUUUCCAAGAAACAAGCAAUGUCACUUCUCAUCAUUAUCAAACUAUAAACCCUAAUUUUGCUUUUCAUGAUCCACUCAUCAACAUGAAUCAAGAUCAUGGUCAUAACAAUAAUAAGUAUCAAGAUUUUGAUACUUCAUUUCUUGAUAUGUUGCUUGAUGGUGGUGAUCAAGAAUAUUAUUCCAAUUACUUAAAUAAUAGCUACAAUAAUAAUGUUUCAUUUUAUUCAGAAAAUCCUUUCACGCAGCAAGAGAUAAGCAGUAGUACCUAUAGUACUAGUGGAAACUCAUCAACAGCUAGUUCAUUUGAUGCCACACUAACAAAUAUUCACAUGAAUCAUGAAAACUCAAGCAUGGGGAUAGAAAAAGAAAAGAAGGGUGAAAAGCAUGCAAUUGCUUUUAGAACAAAGACAGAGCUUGAGAUCUUGGAUGAUGGAUACAAAUGGAGGAAAUAUGGGAAAAAGAAGGUCAAAAGCAACACAAAUCUAAGGAAUUACUACAAGUGUUCAAGUGGAGAUUGCAAAGUAAAGAAGAGAGUAGAAAGAGAUGGAAAUGAUUCAAGCUAUUUGAUAACUACGUAUGAAGGACGACACAACCAUGAAAGCCCCUUUGUCAUUUAUUGCCAUGAUGAAAUGCCAACAUCCAAGUAUUUGAGAUGAUCUUCUUCAGAAGAACAAUCAAGAUUUUUGUUAUUUUUAGUUAAUUAAGAAAUAUUGUGAGUUGAUUCCUUUUUGUAUAAUUAUAGAAAGAAAAAAGUAAGUGUACUUUUCCUAUUGCUUAUCCAUGUACAUAAUCAUGAGACAUAUAUUAUAGUAUUUAUGCAGGUAGCAUUAUUAUCUAAUGAGAACUUUAGUCGUUAAUUGUAA